UAAACGCUCGCAACCCUGGUAUUUUCACAAAUCCAUUAUUUCAUCGCGUCGCAGAAAAAAAAAUGUGCUUGUGUUGUUAAUUUGGACGGGAAAACCAAAUAAAACCAUUAAAAAGUGAUUUAAGACGUGAUUAGUUAGUGUCCAAUUAAUAUUUACGGGGAUUUGGCGAAUGGGCGCGCAACUGGAGAGCUGAUGAAAUACCACCAAAAAUCCCAACCAACAAAUUUAAAGCCACACACACAAAAUCGCCUAAUUUACGAUACAAAACACUUUUCUGGAAAAUCGAAAAACGCUAAAAACGCCGAAACAUAUGGAGGGAUUCGAACUCAAACAGAAGAUGGAUGCGCUGGAGGACCACGGCAUGGACCUGACCAAGGUGUCCGUGGUGCGGUCCGCCAAGGGCGUCGACAUGCUUUGCGUUGACGAUUAUCUAUACCACUUUGACCGCAUUGGCAAAGACAAAACAUACCGAUGGCUGUGCAACCGGCGAAAAGACCGAUCCACUCCAUGCAAAUCCCGCAUAUGUACCAUUCUUCCCAAUCCCAUGAACAAGCAGGAUCACGUAGUGGUGGAAGUGAUUCAGCCCCACAUCCAUCCACGUUGCAGCGACCACGAAGUCAACAAGGUGGCCCAACGCAAACGGCUAUCGGUCAUGAAGAUGGACGACGCCUAUAGCACCACCCAGCCAAAGCGGGCGCGACUGUACGAGCGCGCCAACAAGGGCUUGAAUCCGCCGGAGUGGAUCCAGGGCGGGAUUGACACCUCCGCCCUGGAAGCCUCCUUUCAGCUGGACUUUGAGGACAAAGAACGUAUAUUCAUGCUGAGACGACGAGAUGGUCGCGUGAUGGUGUGCAUCGACGGCCACUUGUACUAUUUGGACGGCAAGUCCUACAGAGGAGACGUGUUUCGAUGGACAUGCGUCAGGAAGCGGGACAUAGAGUGCACGGCCUAUAUCUGCACCGAAGCGACGCUGACAGGAUCCCAUCGCUUGCACGCCUUGGAAACAGACGCCCACAUCCACCCGCACUACUCCGCCACCAAGUUGAUGCACAUGUUCGCCAAGCACCAGAUCGUCCUGGUAGAGGAUGAGCAGACAGCUGAAGUGUUAGCCGAAUGCCCCAAUCUGGAGUACUUUGAUACCGAAAAUUCGUAUGAGGUGGGACAGCGGUGCGAUGAUCUAGAAUCGAUCAUAAUCGAGGAAUGCGAGGAGAACUACGAUGUGUAUGUGGGGGCCGAGGGUGGAGGGCCUUCCGAAGUUCAAGACAGCCAAUACAUGGAGAUGGUUUCCCAAGUCGACCAGUCGGAUCAUCCGAAGCAGGAAUCGAAGUGGCCCGCGGCUUUCCAAGUGAUUGCCGACUAUGAGCCGCCACCAGGAUACAAUCCGCUUACAGAGACCGACCUGACCAAGUUCACCUUUCUGCCCUCGGCAAAGGGUCGCAAGGUGCUGUGCUUGAACAGACACCUGUACCAUUUUGACUCCCAGAGCCGAUCUAAUGGCCACAUGUUCUUCACAUGCAUCAAUCGUCGGGACAAGAUCAACACCUGCCACGUUCGCAUUACCUUGAAUCCGGUGGAAAACGGGCCAUUGGUGCUGCGCAUCAAUGGGGAGCACACGCAUCUGCCAGACCUCAAAGAGAUCGUACGUCGCCUCAAGCAACAGGCAAAGCUGGACAGCGACCUAAAGCAAAUCAAGAUGGAUCAUGAGGUGGAAGUGGCCUAUGAGAGCAACGAGGACAUAGCCAGUCAGACAGGAGAAGCCUUUGAAGGUGACGCCAGCAUAGAUGACAGCUACGAGCAGGUGGACACCAGCAAUGUGGUGAUGAAGAAGGUUAUUGGAAUCGACGGAGCCAUCAAAAUGGAGCCAGAAGCCAAAGCCAACAUGAUUGUCCAGUACAUGAAGGAUGGAUCUGACAACAUAAGUGCCAAAAUAGAGAUUCUUCCAGAUGCACUGGUGGGACUCAACACAUCGACACCAUUGCCGAAGCCUCAGCCGGAGAUUACCAACAUCCGCAGGAAGCGAGAAGUGGUUGAGCCUGUCAAGGGCGCCCAACCCGAUAUGGAUCUCACCAAGAUCUGCACUCUGCGCUCGGCCAAGGGGCACGAGCUGCUCUGCGUCGAUGGCUACAUUUACCACGCCAAGAAUCGGGGGGUCAUUUCACGCAACUACUGGGUAUGCAUAAAGGGUCGCGACCCGGAGAUCAACUGCAAGAGCCGCAUCUCGACCGCCACCCAAAAAGAUGGCUCCAUCCGCGUGCUACGUGUCUACAACCAUCACUGUCAUCCAUUCAGCGAGGACGACAUCAAGCGGCGCCUCUUCAACGAGAUUAACAAGAAGAACAAUAAGAAGCUUAAGUUCCGGCCACUGCACUUUAUCGGCAAGUCACUGGAUCAGAUCAAGGAGGAGUACGGCGACUUGGCCAUCGAGCGUCUCAAUGUCUCCAAUAUCAGCAACGAUAUUGUGGUUCACAAGAAGCCAAGGGUUUCUGGAAGCCAAAAUAGUUCAGCCUCCAUAAAAAUAGAAUCGCAAGAGGAGGAAGACGAUGUCAUCGAGGAGGACGAUAUUGAGCAGGACUGCGAGGAAGUCCCCCUGGAAGAAGAUCAGCAGUACAUGGAAAUGGAGAACACAGAUGCCAUAAUUGAAGUCGUGGAGGAAUCGGCCGAUGAUAUUGAUGGCUACGGCUCUGUUGAACCCAUAUACACCAUGAAACUGUACGCCGUCUCCGAUGGGCCACCCUCCCUGGCCGUUCGCAUGACCCUCAAGGCCUUGAACAUCCAAUACCAGCUGAUCAACGUGGACUUUUGUGCCCUGGAGCACCGAACUGAGGAUUAUGCAAAGAUGAACCCGCAGAAGGAAAUACCCGUGCUGGACGACGAUGGGUUCUAUUUGUCGGAGAGUAUCGCCAUUAUGCAAUAUCUGUGCGAUAAGUAUGCACCCGACUCGACUCUGUACCCGCAGGAUGUUAACCAGCGAGCACUGAUAAAUCAGCGGCUGUGCUUCAACAUGGGCUUCUACUAUGCACCGAUUUCGGCCCACAGCAUGGCACCCAUUUUCUUUGACUACGAUCGCACACCCAUGUCGCUCAAGAAGGUGCAGAACGCCCUCGAGGUGUUCGAAACCUAUUUGGAGAGACUGGGAACCAAGUACGCUGCUGGUGACAAUCUAACCAUCGCCGAUUUUGGUCUAAUUUCGGCUACACUGUGCCUGGAAGCCAUCGACUUUGACUUGCUGCAGUAUCCCCUGGUUGCCAAGUGGUACAACACCUUCAAGGAGGAGUAUCCACAGUUGUGGGAAAUCGCCAAUAGCGGAAUGGAGGAGAUCAGCGCGUUCGAACAGAAUCCUCCAGAUUUAUCCCAAAUGGAGCACCCAUUUCACCCGACGCGCAAAACGAAAGCUUAAUUGCUUAGAAUUUAAGUCUUUUUUGGCUAGGAAAGUUGUACAAUUAUUUCAUUUUAAUUUUGGAAGUUAAAUUUAUAUAAUUUUAUAUAUAUGAUAAUGAGCUCGACUCGAAAUUCGAAGCACCGAAGAUUUAUUAGAAAAAUCAACGGAAUUAAUUGUGUAAUUACCUACUAAAAUAUACCUUUUUCAAUCCUUUGAAUACGAAUUGAAACUAUAGUACUAUUUUUAUCAAG